CCGGCCCUGCCCGCCCUGGCGACCGACGCCUGGCAGCGGGGAAGUGCGAGGUGCCGCACCGCAUCGCGGCCUGCCCGGCACCUGCCACUCGCGCAGGGCGGGCUGCUGGCCGCGCAGGGCGGGCUGCUGGCCGCGCAGGGCGGGCUGCGCCGGAGAUCGCCGAGGGGGAACGAGGAGCCGAGGAGUGGAUGAGGCUCCCCGAGCCGCACGAAAUGGCGGCGCUCGCCCGGCCGCCCCCUCCCCGCGCCGCUCCCCCGGCGAGGGCGGGCGGCCCCCACGCACCGCCCGUGGGCGCGGGCCGGGAGGGGGGCCGAGAGGGAGGCGGGGAGGGGGCGGCCCGGCGCCGCCGAGCGCGGCAAGGUGUGUCCCAGGUGCCCGGGCUAUAUCUGGCGGCGCGGCGGGGCGGCGCGGCUGCUCCAUGGCGGCGCCCGCCACGGCCGAGCCGCGCUCCAAGCGGCUCCGCGUCACGCUGCCCGCCUGCCCGGCGCACCGCCCGCUGCCCGGCAGCCGGGUGAGGCAGAGCUUCCCGCCCGCCGUGGAGGAAGGCCUCUGCGGCGUCACCGGCGCCCAGCUGGAGCUCGCCUACUGCCUGCAGGCGCUGGGUGAAUAUUUUGAUCAGUCACAUGUGGCUUUACCAAAUGUUUCAAAGUUCUUCUUGCAUCAAGCUCUGGAAGAGAGAAAAGCUGCAGAGGCUUUGAUGAAGUAUCAGCAAGAAAGAGGAGGCCAUUACUGUUCUAAAACCAUCCAGAAACCAAACUGUGAUUAUGCAGUUGGUCUGAUGAAAGCACUGGAGGUGGCAAUGGUACAGUGGAAAACUAUGAUACGAUAUUUUGAAGAGCUUUAUGCCCUGAGCGUUGAAAAUGCAGAUCCUCAUAGCGCAAGCACUAUCAAGAAACAAUUUAUUGGACCCAAAAUCCGGAAGAUCAAGCUGAUGGGAGAUCUACUGACCAAUGCUCGCAGGCUUGACUGUUCCCAGGAUGGCAGAAACAGUCUUGGAGAUUACUUUAUGGACCGGUUGCAGAAAGAGUUCAGAACAGGCAUAGAGCCAGAGUCUAGUCAGCACUGCAGCCCCUGCCCGCCUCUCCAGCAGCGUACAGGAGCUGCAGAGGGUCUGAAGCGACCCCAGAGAGAAUCUUCCCAGCACAGAAACGGUAUAGGGCCAAUAUAUGCAACCAUACACUGCACUACCAUGCUGCCACAGUGCAAUGAUGGGACAGGAGCAAAAGUGAAGCAGGGCAGGGAGAGUCUGUAAUGCUGUGGCUGUUGCAGCUACCGGGCAGCUCCUAAGGCAGCUCCUAAGGCAGACCUGUACGGAGGGUGAACUUGAGACCAGAAUUCAGGAGAUGUGAUGCUGAAUGGCUCCUCCUGCUUUACACCCUGGUCCCUUGUCCUCCGUUAACAGAGUUGUAACUCAAAAUGUAGCCCAUACUAUUUUGUUUAAAUGAUAGCAAGGUUGCUAGUUACCUAGACUAUCAGCGUUAGUUGCACGCUUAUCUAUGCAAUUCUUCCUAGAAGCCAGAAGCUUUUAUGCCUCUUUUCUGUCUUAAAUCAUUAUUAGGAUUAGUUAGUGCAAAUUAUUUUUAAGAGUAUAUGUAACUUUUAUUUAAAAAAAAAAAAAAAACAAAUGCAACUUUAAUACAAGGAAACUUCUAUGUGGCAGAAAACACAAAGAUUUAGUUUUAUAUUAUUAAAUAUUUUAUAUUACUAACACAUUUUACAUUACUAAUAAAUAUACUAACAUAAUGAACUUUUUUAAAGCCUUGUUUUAAAACAAAGUAUUCUUAUUCCUACCAUAGUAGCAAUUUAAAUAAGUAGUCUAAUUCACUGACUUAUCACCCAGCUGUUCCUAGUGAUGUACUUCUCCACAAUGAAGGAUGCAAACAUUUCCUCAACAGUGGAAAAACAGUGGGUUUUCUCUACAGUUAUUUGCCUAGUUGGCUUUUCUCAUCCUCAGCAAGCAGAUGAGAGCUAAUAUAGGGUUUCUCAUUAAAUGUGAUCUUUAUAGGUACUAGUGUGUAUUUUGCAAGUAUCACUGAAGACACUAGCUCUAAAGCUCUGUCCAGAUUUAACCUAGGACAGUUGCUUUAACUACCAUACAGACCCUUUCAGCUAGCUAAAUUAUGGUAUUACUAUGGUACCACUGCUAUUUCUUGCAUUCCCUAUCUUGGUCUUCAGUAGAGGAGUAAAGUCCUAGUGAAAAUGCAGCACACAACUAGAACUGCAUCAUAGAGAGUGGUCACUCAUUAGUUUUGUGUUUGAAUUAGGGCAGUGUUCAAUUAGGUGGGGCUAUUAGCACUACCACACUUAAGGCCUUUACUUUAGCCACCUUGAUUACAGUUCAGAGGUGUCCAAAUUCCUUACAUUCACCUCCCCCAGGAAUGCGUCUUUUUCUGUACUUUGGCUACCAGGGUCAUGUAAGAGCAACUGCCUAGAUCAGCUCCCUAAAGCUAGGGACUUUUCGUCAUCAUGUAUAACAUCUUUUAUGCAAUUGGGGUUUACUUCAUUGAAAGGCUGUCUCACACUUUUAUGUAACACUGUAAGCAAUACUCAUGUUAUGCUUGAAAAUAAAUUAAAAAUGGUACUUUGUA